UUCUUUCUCGCAGGACAAACACGAAUUGAGCUUAUCAACAGAUGGCGACUACGACGGGGUCAUAUCACUCCGGAACAGAAUCCCUUUCCAAUCUCCAGCCAGAACACAUGACCCCUCUGUCUAAGACCGGAUACCUACUAAGCGGUAUCUACCUUACAAUUGUCGGUACGAUCGCGACGAUCGGCAAUAUCACGGUGAUCUGUGUGCUGUUCCGUUAUGGGACCUUUCGAAAGCGGUCCAUCAAUCUUCUCUUAAUAAACAUGGCGGCCAGUGACUUGGGUGUAUCUGUGACCGGCUACCCUCUUACAACGUUAUCGGGGUACUGGGGCCGAUGGCUCUUUGGGGAUGUUGGUUGCAAGUUCUAUGCAUUCUGCGUCUAUACGCUUUCUUGUAGUACCAUCACAACGCAUGCAGUCAUUGCAUGUUACAGAUACAUCUAUAUUGUGAAGACUGACCUCAGACCGAAAUUGACUGGGAAUUUCACGUCCAUGAUCAUCAUCUUUAUAUGGGUGUAUGCCUUAUUCUGGACUUUGACUCCCUUUGUCGGCUGGAGCAGUUACGUCUACGAGCCCUUUGGUACUUCUUGUUCUAUCAACUGGUUUGGGCGGUCAUUCAAUGACAUCUCCUAUAUGGUAGCCUGUGUUAUCGGCGUCUAUCUUGUCCAGAUUAUCGUCAUGGUCUACUGUUACCACCACGUGGCAAAAAAAAUCAGAGGAAUAGACCCAGAACGGACCCAGGAAAAGGAUUCAGGUGUCAACGUCUUUAGGAAACUCCGAAGAAGAGAAGCAAAGAUAGACACACAUGUCACAAAGAUGUGUUUCAUGAUGAUGAUAAGCUUCAUAAUAGUCUGGACCCCUUACGCAGUUGAGAGCCUGAGAGUUGCACACGUGGAUCACAUCAGUGCUUUUGCAGCUGUCAUCCCAACAAUGUUCGCGAAAAGUUCUUGCAUGCUUAACCCCAUCAUAUUUUUGUCAUCGAGCUCCAAGUUCCGACGGGAUCUGCGCAAGAUGUGGAGUUCCCCUCCGUCCCACGAAUCGCUUCGCCAGGAAGAACGCAACAAAACACAACCCUCGCUUUAUGUCCGACAUAGCGAUAUAUCCUCGGUAUACCGAAACAACACUGCUUCCGUAUACUAUGACAAAGAGCGAAUCUACAUCGGGGAAAUGCGCGCCACCAGUAUACAGAAGGAAGCUGAACUCAUGCGACGCGAUCCGGAAGUGCUCUCGAUUGCGUCAUCGACAAGUUCUGACGUCCAUUUUGUGAUGAGGGAUUCGAAGAAGCCCAAAAGGGCCCUGGGACCGCGUGGCCCUGAAAUGUUUACAGCUUCUGGGUACACCAACCACGCGAGUUCAACGAGUGAGAGUGCUGGACAGUCGACGUCGUCUGGCACAAAGAGGACUGGUUUUGGAAGUCGUAAAGCGUCAAGACAAUAUUCCGUAAAGUCCCAGUCGGAAGAAACUGCAAAUUCGGGAGAAAUAUUUACUCUUGACGGCAGUGGUUUGGAAAUGAUGAGCUUACGAAGGCUUUAAGACUACUAUAUAAGAUGUAAAUAUUUGGCUAUUCUGUUGAUAUCUUAUUUUAAAAAUGGGGGAAAUUCACUUUUGGGUGUGUAUGCAAACUGUUCCAAUUCUCUCCACUUCCAGGAUUGAAGAUAAUUCUUGAUUAUUGUCACGCACAUAUGCGUCCUAUGAAUUGAGUUAUCCCAUUGGCUUAAAGUAAGUCAUGUUUGAUUUAUCACUCAGGUGUUUUCUCGUGUUAUCUUUAGUUUUCUACACAUGGAAGUGUGUCUUACUGUGGAUUAUCUUAUGUCAAGGUGCCAGGUGCCCUAUUACCUUGCCGAAACGACUACAGGUGUAUAAUAAAGAAAGAGAUUCUUACAGAGUACCUGUAUCCCCAACAAACUAUUUAUUUUUGGAAAGCUGACACAGAUAUUUGCUUUGCACAUGUUUGCUUUAAGAUAAAGCAAAAUAUUGUCAUUCAAAGUCAUGACUUUGAAAACAAUGAUUUUUCAAUAAAUGACGUUCUGCUUUGUAGACGGGUCAAUAUAUGGUUUGACCCGGAACAAAUUGCAACAAAUGAUUUUUCAACUGUUUCUGGCAGUAUUUGACCUCAGGAAAAACAUACUAAAAAUCUACCAAAAUCCGCACAUGGGAAAGUGGUUAUUUUCAAGAUGGCGUCCAAGAUAGCCGCCAUUCACUGAAAAUGGAUAUAAGUCACUCAUUAUCGACCCUAGAAUUUAACCAUGGUAUAGAUACAAAAAUCAUAUUUCUGGAUAUUGAGUAAUUUAUGUCGGUUUUUUUAAGUAGCAACAGCAAUUUUAGACUCCAUUUUUUUAAAGCUAUCUUGGAUUUUUUAACAUACUGGACCACUGACUGUCCUUGCAAUUUGUCCCAAUGUCUUAUUUGACCAUUGACAUCAUUGUCUAGACACCAAAAUCAUUAUGUCCCAGGCGGAUAUAAAACGAACUAUGUCCAUUUUAAUUAUCAAUAGCCAUUCUAAACUCCCUUUUUAGAAGCCAUCUUGGAUUUUCGGACACACCAGACCACUGGCUGUCCUUGUAACUUGUUCCAUUGUACUACUUCACCCUUAAAACCAUUGAAGAAAAACCAAAAUUAAAGCCACUUAGAUGAAUUGUGGAUUUUCAGUCUACGGCAUCCAUUUUGGGCGCCAUCUUGGAUUUUGCACGUACACUGGAGGGCAUAUAAUUCACUCUAGCCUGUAUCAACAAUUUUUGUACCCCCUAAACCAUGAAAUAUGGACCGAAAUAGGAUCUAGGGUGGAUAAAGUUUCAGUUGUACCAACAUACACAAUUUCCUCAAAAUGUCGUCAUGGUCAUGCGAAUCCAAUGAUUAGAAUUGAGGUUAUUACAUUUUUCAUGGGGAAAAAUCAUCAUUUCGUGCAAUUUUAUGAUAAGGAAAUAGCUAUAUUACUUAUUAUAACGCACAUUUGUAAAGUCCCAUGUGUUUUACACAGUAAAACUCCUUCGGCCGUUUUCGAAUUUUAUGAUGAUACGUUUUGACCUCACUCCCCAUCUUGUUAAAAAAAGAGGUACGUGAAAUGUAACAAGUUGCACGAUGAAGUAUACAUCAUAUUAGCUGAGGAUGCAAAAUAUAAAUAUCAUUUAAAAAAAAUGUUUAGGGCUCCUGACACAUGAAAUGUUUUUUAAUGUGUGGUAUCUACGUUACACUUUGUAUUAUCCAAUCAACUAUACGACCAUUGGGACGAUUUAAGUCCGCAUCAACUGCGCGCAUGUUUAUAAAGCAACACCACGUCACAAAGUUUGUCACCAGUCGAUUGAUGUACCUUUAAAACAAAAUGCUUACAAGUCGAUGUUUGAUGCAACAUGAAAGAAAUACAGUGCGUCCCAGAAAAAACGAAACCGAGAUUAAGCGAUGAUUUAUCAUAAUUUAAUCACAAAUACAAUAGACAAAUGACCUACCAUUGUAAAGCUUAGAAUCUCCUCUUUCAUCUGAAAUUACUUAGAAUAUUUCUCAUUCACGCAUGAGUGAGCAAAAACAAUUUGAAGAGGGGAUACCAAAAAGUCAUUUGGCGGGCUGUAUCUGGGUUUCAAAAAGAAAACCACAUCGUUAAAAUGUUCAAUAUCUGCUCUUUAAUUUGAUACCUCAAUUACAGAAAAUGGUCGAGAAAAAACAAAAAAAAAGUUCUGGUUAUUUGAAAUAAGGCUUGAAUUUCAAUAAUUUCAUAAAAUGAAGAGGUUCUACAGGCAAGCGUUCAACUCACUUGACACUCCACUUUGUUGACGAUCAGCCAUGCAUUAAGUCUUUUGUUAACCAUGCGAUAGCUUCUGUGGGAAACCGGUGAAACACGUUUAUUUAAUGAAAUUAUGGAAAUACAAGCAUUGUUUCGAGGGAACAUAACUUUUUUACUUCUUAACCCCCCGCCAAAUGAGUUUUUGGUAUCCUUUGUUCAAAUUGUUUUUGCUCACUCAUGCGUGAAUGAGGAACAAUCUAAGUAAUAUCAGAUGAAAGAGGAGAUUCUAAGCUUAACAUUGGUAGGUCAUUUGUCUAUUGUAUUUGUGAUUAAGUUAUGAUAAAUCAUCGCUUAAUCUCGGUUUCGUUUUUUUUUGGGACGCACUGUAUAAUAUGCACUGUCAUUUGAAUUGUUUGUGUUGAAAUAUUUAUUUCGAUUUUUUCCAGUUAUAAAUGUGAACCCGUUCUUGUUGUUGCAUAAUGUAUUGCAAUUAUGUGUACCUUUUCGAUUGGUGUUAAAUGAUUCAUCGGAACGUUGUUGUGUAAUAUUGUAAAGGAUAUCCCUAAAUGAGUUAUCACUAUAAGGUAGUAAAUUUUUGCUGUCUCAUAACAAUAAUAAUAACAACAUGCAACAUUUAUAUAGCGCUUAAUACAAAUGUUUCUAAGCGCUGCUUAAUACCCCAUAUUUAGCGCGGCUACCCUGAUCGGGUGCUCGAGCAUUCAAGGAAUGCCUUCCUACCGGGUACGCAUUUACUACACCAUAACAAUAACAUGACAAUAGUCCCCUUAAUUGUAGGAUUAAAUUGCAGACAAAACUAUAGCCUUAAAUCUGCGACGGUCUUUGGCAGACUUUCCGUCCAUGACGACGUAGGAGACAGGCCUUACAUUCAAUCAGUGCGCUCAGAUUUGUAAGAUGUCACACACGCGGAUGCUUUGAAUUCUUGAUUUUUUUUAAAUGUAAAUUAUGGAACUAAGUUUAGGGCUUGCCUUUAAUACAAGCUUUAUUUUUUGCAAGCCUAUGAAAGCUUAAAAGUGCUACCCAGAUGUUCAUAUAAUCAUCUCGUCAUUGUCUUCAUCGUGUGGGAGAGAUGAUCAUGGGUGGCAUUUUUAAGUUUCCAUACAAGCCCCUCCGUUUUACUAUAAAAUACAAAAAUCGUCUGAGGUAAUUUUAUUUAUAAAUUUUGUUCCUUAAAUCUAUUAUUAUGUUUUAUAUAAAAUUAUGGCUCGUAAUAUUUUUGACA